UGUUCUUCUUCAGUUUGACCGUCAUGUACUGCCUAGGUUUUCGUCAAUUCGACUAAAAUAUCUUCCGCAUAAUCAAACCUGGUUCAUAUCAUUUCUGUUCGUCCUUGCCGUGAAGCGGUCGUUGGCAUUGUUGUGACGAGUCCUACCUCCGCGAUCCAAGCUCCAAAGGAUUUCACGUGCGGCUGCAUGCAGUUUCCACGAAGAGAAAUAUAGUGAACAAGGAGAUCAGCCGUCGUUGCAGCUUCUGAAUCUCAAUGGCUCGCUGCUCAGUGAGGAUGCAUUUGACAGAAAGGGCUAUAGCACAAACACUCUUCUUUUUAAUAAUCAUACAAUCUGCAAAUUCUGAAUCCUUCGACAACAUUUCUUUCUACUUCACAUCCUUCCAAUCAGACAUAUCAUUCCAGGGCAAUGCGAGUGCACUGGGCUCCACAAUGGAACUUUCUGUAAUCAAGGCAACCGAGAGCAGCAAUGGAAUAGUCGGUCGAGCUCUCUAUCAUCAACCCAUGCACCUGUGGGAUAGGUCAACAGGGAAUGUGGCAGAUUUCAGCAGUAGAUUUACUUUCUCCAUCAAUUCCCAGGAGCCUUCUCAUGCUGAUGGACUGGCUUUCUUUCUCGCUCCCAGUGGAUCGCAGAUCCCCAAACAAUCAACAGGAGGCUUUCUAGGCCUCACAGGUCCGAAUCCAAACUCUACCAACUCUAGUACUGCAUUUGUUGCGGUAGAGUUUGAUACUUUCCAUGACAAUAUAACAAAUACAUGGGAUCCGCCCUGUAAUCAUGUCGGUAUCGAUGUAAACAGCAUGGCUUCUGUCAAUAAUGCUUGUGUCCCAUGGAUGGAUGACAAGAUACUCCUUGGUCAACAACUACGUGCUUGGGUCACAUACAAUUCUACAGCAAUGAACUUGAGUGUCGUUUUUCGAGACGAUGAUGACAAUUAUACCAGCCUUUACUAUCAGCCAGUCAACCUGAGAGAGUACUUGCCAGAAUGGGUGGUCUUCGGUUUCUCAGCAACGACAGGGGACUCGUUUGAGGCUCAUACAAUUUUCUCAUGGGAAUUCAACUCUAGUCUACAAAUCCUUGACGAUGUAAAUGGCACGACCAAUGUGACUCCCGUUGACACACCAACACGAGGGAAAAAGAGUAAGUCCUGGGUGAAGGGGGCUAUGUUAGGCUUAAGCUCUUUGGUGCUUAUUAUCCUUGUUGCAGGAUUUGGCUGGUAUGGUUAUAAGCUAAAGAGAAAUAGAAAUGAUCGAAGUGGAGAAGAAGAAGAAGAUGCUCCAGGAAUUGACGAAGGAUUUGAACAGUCAAAGGGACCCAAGGAGUACUCCUAUAAUGUCUUGGCCAUUGCGACUAACAACUUUGCCAAUACUCGGUUGCUUGGGGAAGGGGGUUUCGGAGGAGUGUAUGAAGGCCACCUUGCUGAUGCAAAUUCCCAUGUCGCCAUCAAGAAGAUCACUCCAGAGUCCAAACAAGGCGUAAAGGAGUAUGCCAGCGAAGUGAAGACAAUUAGACAUCUCAGGCAUAAAAAUUUGGUGGAGCUCAUCGGCUGGUGUCAUGAGAGAAACAAGUUCCUCCUCGUGUAUGAGUACAUGACUAAUGGUAGCUUAGACUCUCAUUUGUUUAAAGAUAAAAUGCCACUAACAUGGGAAAAGAGGUACAAUAUCACUCAAGGCAUCGCCUUAGGGAUGAAAUACUUGCACGAGGAUUUGAAGCAAUGUGUCGUGCAUAGGGACAUAAAGUCCAGCAAUAUCCUACUUGAUGCACAAUUUGAGGCUAAAUUGGGCGAUUUUGGCCUUGCUCGGAUAGUCGACCAUGCCAAAGGGUCGUUUGCGACCCUAUUGGCUGGGACCAUGGGAUAUUUGGCCCCUGAAUGUAUCUACACAGGCAAGACAAGUAAGGAAUCUGAUGUCUACAGCUUUGGAGUCGUCCUCUUAGAAAUAGCAUGUGGAAGAAGAGCUAUUGAACCCAGGGCAUCACAAGGCCAAAUUCAACUUGUGGAAUGGGUUUGGGAGCUCUAUGGAAUUGGAAAGCUAUUCAAUGCGGUAGAUCCAAAGUUAGUAGAAAAUUUUGAUGGGAGGCAGAUGGAGCGCUUGAUGAUUGUAGGCCUUUGGUGUGCUCAUCCAAACCCUAAGGAACGGCCUCCCAUAAGCAAAGUGAUAACCUUUUUGAACUUUGAUACUUCGCCACCCAUUCUCCCACCAAAGUUGCCCAUCCCGACAUAUAUCAUGCCUCCAUCUUCGAUGCCUGAAUCGUUGCAUGUUUUGUCCAGCAGCUUCAGAAGAAGUGAACCACGGAGCACUUACGGUACCAAACUGUCCACAUUUACUAGCUCUUCCAAGGAGUCUUCCAUUUCAUCUUCUUUUGCAUUGCUUCGGAAUACAAUGUAAGUUCACUGUUUUUAUGGGUUCUGGAUUGCAACCCUUCGGUUGUAUGAUUUGUAAUGUGUACAAGUGGACCUUUGGUUUCUAUUUUCUAUUUGAUGCUUAUCGUGUGAGAUAUUGGUGGUA